GUUUACCUACAGGCUGAAGCUACAUCUCUGUUUUCACUCUCUGCUUUCACUCUUUAGCUCACACCCAAAAACCCAUUACUAUUUCACAAUUAACAACUCAUGUUGAAGAACGAAAACGCCAGUGACGGUGGAGGAGGCGGCGGCGGAACCAGUAACAACUGGGCUCGCGUGUGUGACACAUGUCGUGCAGCUGCUUGCACUGUCUACUGCCGCGCAGACUCAGUCUACCUCUGCGCCGGCUGCGAUGCCCGCGUACAUGCUGCCAACCGCGUGGCUUCCCAGCAUGAGCGCGUGUGGGUUUGUGAGGCGUGUGAGCGUGCUCCGGCUGCCUUUCUAUGCAAGGCGGAUGCAGCUUCUCUCUGCACUGCAUGUGAUGCAGAUAUCCAUUCGGCAAAUCCAUUGGCUCGCCGGCACCAACGUGUCCCAAUUCUUCCAAUUUCCGGCUCCCUGUACGGCCCCCAAGCAGGGAAUCCUGCUGGGGAGACCACUGAAGAUAUGUUCAUGACCCAGGAGGGAGAAGAGGGAGUUGGUGAGGAGGAGGAAGAUGAAGCAGCUUCGUGGUUACUGCCAAAUCCUGUGAAGAGUAGCAACGGGCAGAACUAUAAUGGGUUCUUGUUUGGUGGUGGAGAUGUAGAUGAGUAUUUGGAUCUUAUGGAGUAUAAUUCCAAUUCAUGUGGUGAUCAGAAUCAGUAUUCUGAUCAAAACAAUCUGCAGCACUACAGUGUUCCACAUCAGAAGAGCUGCUAUGGAGGUGACAGUGUUGUGCCUAAUCAUUGUGCAGAAGCAGCAAGAAAAGAUCAACUGCAUCAUCAAUACCAUAAUUUCCACUUGGGGUUGGAGAUUGACUCCUCAUCAAAAGCUGCUUACAGCUACAAUGGAUCAAUUAGCCAGAGUGUCUCCAUUUCAUCAAUGGAUGUUGGAGUGGUUCCUGAUUCAACAAUGAGUGAGGCAUCAAUCUCACACCACAGACCUCCAAAAGGAACUAUUGACCUUUUCUCCAGUCCUCCCAUGCAGAUGCCAUCCCAAUUUAGUCCAGGGGACAGGGAAGCAAGGGUGCUAAGAUAUAGAGAGAAGAAGAAGACAAGGAAAUUUGAGAAGACAAUCAGGUAUGCUUCAAGGAAGGCAUAUGCAGAGACUAGACCACGGAUUAGAGGCCGAUUUGCAAAGAGAACAGAUGUAGAAGUUGAAGUCGGUCAGUUGUUCUCCACAACACUAAUGGCAGAAGCUGGAUAUGGCGUUGUCCCAUCAUUCUAAGUCCUGCAUCAAAAUAUAGUUUCAAAGGAAAAAAAAAAAAAAACUUCGCUUAGAUGAGGGUUCUACCAGUUAUUACUGAAGCUGCACUACUAGUACUGCAUGUUUAUGUUCCUGAAUCUAACUUAUUUCUAUCUGUUUAUUGGUUUUGUUAAUUCGUCUUAUUUAUGAUGCUUCUAUCAUGUACAAUGCAUGUAUACUUAUAAUUUUGGAAUCUAAAGUAAAAGAAAUAUUCAAGUACCAACAAUUUCCUCA